AUGGAUAACCACACCAAACAAACAGUUCAACAAAUUCCAUUAUUAACAGUAAAGGCAGGACCUAGAGAUGGUGAUAAGUGGAUUGAUAGAUUAAAAGAAGAAUAUCAAGCAUUAAUAAAAUAUGUUGAAAUUAAUAAAAAAGCAGAUAAUGAUUGGUUUAAUAUCGAGUCAAAUCCAUUAGGAACAAGAUGGCAAGGAAAAUGUUGGUAUAUUUAUAAUUUUAAAAAAUAUGAAUUUGAUCUGGAAUUUGAUAUGCCAGUAACAUAUCCAGAAACAGCACCAGAAAUUGCAAUUCCAGAAUUAGAUGGUAAAACAGAGAAAAUGUAUAGAGGUGGUAAAAUUUGUUUAACUAUUCAUUUUAAACCAUUAUGGUCAAGAAAUGUACCACAUUUUGGGAUUGCACAUGCAUUAGCAUUAGGUUUAGCACCUUGGUUAGCAGCCGAAGUACCACAUUUAGUUGAUAAUGGUAUAAUUAAACAUAAAGAAGAUAAAUAA